CUAGGAAACGAGCCAGCGAGUAGGAAACAAGCCAUGUUGCGACUCUUUACGUUGGCAUACGCUAUCACGAUUCUAUUAAUGAUUUCAAAUGCAUUAAACAAGUCAAAUAAAAGCAUAGUGAGAACGUUAGAUAAUUCAUUUCAUAAAGAACCUCCUUCUUUAUUUUUGUUUCAUUUACUUAAAUUAAAAAAGAAGAUUAACAAAAUAGAACAAGUGCCAACUACACCACCAACUGCGGAUUGUAUUUGUGUACCCUAUUAUCUUUGCGAUGCUAAUCGUACCAUAAUUGCGGAUGGCAUUGGAACAAUCGAUAUUCGAUAUCGGAGAUGCACAGGAGAUUUAGAAAUAUGUUGUCGUCCAUCAAAUAUUACAGUCACUACCACAACUACAAAAGCACCAACUACUACGAAAGCACCAACUACCACGAAAGCGCCAACUACCACCACAAAGGCAACGACCACUUCGACUCUUCCACCGGUGAUUUUUCCAACUAACACAGAAUUACCAGCUGCUCCAAUUUGUGUUUGUGUGCUUGUGACACAAUGCGAUCCAAAUGGUAUCAUCGGCACGUCCGGAGAAGGUGUGAUCAAUCCUCGUUCGCAAUAUGUACAGUGUCCCAUUAGCAAUAUGGUUUGUUGCAAACCAACCAGUGUAAUCCAAUAUUCAUAUCCUCCGCUUACCUCGUCACAAAUUUGUCUUUUAUGUGGAAGCGCAAUCCAGUGUAGCAAUGGCAUUAUGAUUCCUGUAAAUGUUGGAAUUGUGAAUCCUCUAGUGACUUACGGACAACAAACAUGUCCUGUACCCACCUCCUGCUGUCAAGGAAUAAAUCCAUCGUAUGGAAAUGGGAUACCAGUGGUUAUCGGAUCCAUUAGAAAUCCUGGAACCUCUCAGGCUUGUUAUUGCAUGAAGAGCUGGCUCUGCGCACCGGGAAAUUCUGUUAGUUUCGAUGGCGCUGGUGUCAUUGAUCCGAGGUUCUCUGCGUGUGGAACUACGGAUGAAGUUUGUUGUCGACCUGUUGCUAUUAAUGCAGCAAGAAAUCGUGACUUGCAAGGAUCAAGAGAGAGUAUAAUAAACGGGGAAGCUUCGUUCUCGCAAACUGGAUGUGGUACACAAAACAAAACAUAUGCGACAGCUUAUCCUGUAGAUACUGGAAAAACAUAUUUCGCAGAGUUUCCGUGGAUGGUGGCUUUACUAACAAUACAAUCGGACGGUAAAUAUUUAUUUCAAUGUGGAGGAUCUAUGAUUACAAAUAGUGCUAUUCUUACAGCUGCGCAUUGUGUUACCAAUUUAGGAAAUAAUAGACCGAUAGCGCGUUUUGGUCAGUGGGAUUUAAAAUAUCAACCUGGCGAUCAACCAGUGCCUUUUCAAGAAGCGAACAUAAAAAUUAUAGUAACGCAUCCUCAGUUUUAUAGUGCUGCUUUGUUUAAUGACAUAGCAGUAGUCAUUUUAAACGCACCGGUAAAACAGAAUGUAAAUGUUGUUCCUAUUUGUAUACCGCAACAAGGAUUGAUAUUUCCUCCUGGUAUUAGAUGCAUUGGUACAGGUUGGGGAAAAAACUCAUUUGGUGGAACAUAUCAAUCUGAACUACGAAAAGUGGAGGUUCCUAUUGUGAAUAGAAUUGAUUGUCAAAAUCGGCUUCGAACAUCAAAAUUGGGACCAUAUUUUCAAUUACAUAGUUCGUUCAUUUGCGCAGGGGGCGAGACAAAUAGGGACACGUGUCAGGGAGAUGGUGGUGGACCUUUGGUAUGUCCCACAGCUACAGGACAAUACUUUCAGGCUGGUAUAAUAUCUUGGGGAAUUGGUUGUGGAACGUCGAAUUUACCUGCUGUUUAUACGAAUGUAGCACAAUUCACAGAAUGGAUUAAUCAACAGUUGGCAACUUACGGGGCGAUUUCAGAUAUCGCAAUGUGGAAAAUAUUUUCGAUAUUGGCGAUGGCUAUAGCUAUUUCUAUAGCUGCGCCUCAAAAGAAUAAUUUGGAUUCCUUGAUAACAAAUAUAUUUGGAACUCCUCAAGAUCAGCAGAUUUCGGAUCCUAGCUCUACUACAUCGGCAACGAUUUUAGGCACAGAGAAUAGGCCAAAGCAACCAGAGACGGAUUGUGAAUGUGUACCAUAUUAUCUGUGUCACAAUGGUUCUAUCUUGCAGAAUGGAACAGGAAUUAUUGAUAUCAGGUUCGCUUUUGAUGAUGAAAGUGUCAAUAAACAUCGCACAUUGCGGGCGCUCGGUCAGUGCGAGAAUUAUUUGGAUGUCUGUUGUAAACCACCAGAUAGAGUAGAAAAAGUUACACCACCACCAAUUGAGAAAAAAGGUACUUGUGGACAAAGACAUCCUGAGGGUGUUGGUUUUAGAAUUACUGGCGAUGUGAAUGGCGAAGCGCAAUUCGGCGAAUUUCCAUGGAUGGUGGCUAUAAUAAAAGAAGAAAAUAUCGGUGAUCAAAAAUUGAACGUCUAUCAAUGCGGAGGUUCCUUAAUUCACAAACAAGCUGUUUUAACAGCUGCUCAUUGUGUACAAGGAAAGCAACCGUCUGAAUUGAGAAUUCGUGCUGGAGAAUGGGACACGCAAACUAAGAAUGAGAUUUUUCCUCAUCAGGAUCGUAAUGUGAAAAAUGUUAUUAUUCAUGAAAACUUUGCUGGUGGCACUCUUUACAACGAUUUUGCUAUUUUGAUAUUAUCCGAGCCUUUGAAUCUAAUGGAGAACGUGGAUCUUGUUUGUUUACCAGAACCAAAUACUGUAUUCGAUGGUUCUCGAUGUUUCGCUAGUGGUUGGGGAAAAGAUAAAUUUGGUAAGGAAGGCCAUUACCAGGUAAUUUUAAAAAAAAUUAAUUUACCAGUAGUACCACACAAUCAGUGCCAGGAUUUACUUCGAAAAACUAGAUUAGGAAAAUAUUUUAUUCUUGAUAAUAGUUUUAUUUGCGCUGGUGGAGAGUCUGAUAAAGAUACUUGUAAGGGUGAUGGAGGAAGUCCCCUUGUUUGUCCAAGUAAUAAUAAUCCUAAUAUAUACUUGCAAGCAGGUAUUGUAGCAUGGGGAAUUGGUUGUGGUGAAAAUGGAAUUCCAGGGGUUUAUGCUAAUGUUGCAUCUGUUCGCGAUUGGAUCGAUGAACAAAUGGCUUUUUAUAAUUUGGACAAUACUGUAUAUCAGGCUCAAAAAAUAAAUUGAUUGAUUUCUCAAAAUUUUAUAAAUUUGUAUGCAUAAAAAUCGAUGUUUUUCUGUGGAAAGACUGCUGUAUUCUUCGCAUGCUAUUUUUAAAUAAUAAUGUAUGUGAAACUAGGUAUAAUAUGUA